GUGACCUUCCUCCGCUCUCAGUCUGAGAGGGGCAGCACUGAAGCAAUAAGCCGGUCACAGCUCCUACAGUCCCCCGCUAUAGCCUCAGAAAUGAACAACAACUUAGUCGGAGAUGAAGUCGGGAAACUUUUUGUGGGUGGAUUGGACUGGAGUACCACACAAGAGACACUUAGGAACUACUUCUCACAGUAUGGGGAAGUAGUAGAUUGUGUCAUCAUGAAGGACAAAACUACAAAUCAGUCGCGAGGCUUCGGCUUUGUCAAAUUCAAAGACCCCAAUUGUGUACGGACAGUGCUGGAGACAAAGCCGCAUAAUCUUGAUGGGAGAAAUAUUGACCCGAAGCCAUGCACUCCCAGAGGAAUGCAACCUGAAAAGUCUCGAACCAAGGAGGGCUGGAAGGGCAGCAAAGCUGAUAGCAAUAAAUCAAAGAAGAUAUUUGUAGGUGGAAUCCCCCAUAACUGCGGCGAGCCUGAACUCAGGGACUAUUUCAAUAGAUUCGGAGUGGUCACAGAGGUGGUAAUGAUCUAUGAUGCGGAGAAGCAGAGGCCCCGAGGUUUUGGAUUUAUUACUUUCGAGGCCGAACAAUCAGUGGACCAGGCUGUCAACAUGCAUUUUCACGACAUCAUGGGCAAAAAAGUGGAAGUGAAGAAGGCUGAACCUCGUGACAGCAAAGCUCCUGGCCAGCUUGGCCCGGGCCAGUGGGCACCCAGGGGCAUCUUGAGUGCAGCUAAUGGUUGGACAGCACAGCCUGCCCAGGGCUGGCAACAGCCUUACGGGCCACAGGGAGUGUGGGUGUCGACUACCGGCCAACCCAUAGAUCUGUUCUCUGUUGGAGCAGGCGGGUAUGGACCCCCGUUGACAGCAAGCCGUGGCACCCCCACACAACCUCCGUCACCUUUCAACGCAUUCCUGGUCACGACCCCGGCGGGCAGCUUCGCUGCACCUCAGGCCUACCCUCAGCAGGGCUACAGCACAGCACCUCAGUUUGGUUACAGUUUCGGCACACCACAAGCAGACCAGUAUGCUCCACAGGUUCCCCCUCCACCCACAACUCCAGGAACUGCACCUCUGGGCUUUGCCCCCGCCACCACACCAACUCAGGACUUGAGCAAAGCUCCCACUGGGCAGCCUGACUUCCCUUAUAGCCAGUAUGGCUUGGGUAACUACCCUCAGGACCCCUCUGCCUACGGACCAACGCGUCCUUCUCACAGUUAUGGUCAGGAUGAGCAGGGAGGAUAUAGUGCAGCUAAAGGGAUGAGAAAGGAAAGAAGAUUUAAAGGAGGACACAAUGGCAGUAAAUUUUCAAUUCCUCUCAGAUUCUUCUGUCAGGCGGUCCUGUCGGGACUGCUCCCUGUUCUUCAGAUUUCUUAUUUUUUGUUCCGUUCAUGGAGCACUUUGAACACCCUAAAAGAUAUGUGUUGUAUUUUCUAACUUUUCCUGCCUUCAUUCUUUCUUUCUGUCUUUCUAUCUCGUCUUUUCAUACUAGUUAUUUAUAAGGUUCCCCCAUUCCAGUAUUUAGUAGUGAUAUUUCAAAAUCAGUGCUAACCUGGGUGUUACCAGGGUAGGAAAAUAGCUAACAUGAUGCUGGAAAAGAUCUGGCUGCAACUGGUUUUCAUAUUCUACCAGCCAUUUGAUAUAAACCACUCAGUUUGUUUCACCCCUGACGUCCCUUUGGCUCAGACAGUGGCUGGUUAAUUUUGGGUUGCCCCAGCCUCUUUUUUUUCAGGCAGAUUAGCUUCCUUCCCUGGGUGUCACUUUGAUUCCCUUGUCUGUUUGCAGGGACAUGGUGCCAUCCAGUGUCUUAGGAGAAGAACAUUGUGCGUGUUGCACUGAUUAUAAAGAUAAUCUAGAGAUUGUUUUCCCCAAUGAAGCCCCGUUCAAGUGAUUUUUUUAAUUCCCCUGAAAUUGUUAUGUUUGUCUUUAUACAUUUUAACACUGUUACAGAAUCAUUUUCAACAUUAAAGGGCUCAUUGAAGGAAUACAGUAUUUACAGUAUGUAGAGGAAAAACCCAUCAUGAACCCUCAAGUCUUGCUAUACAGAAACACACUAUUAUUCCAAUCUUGGUCCAUAAAGUGGUUUGGUGUUUCACAGUUCAGUCAUGUAUAGAGCCCUUUAUCACAGACACAUCUCAGAGCCCUUUGUAGCCUAACAAUAGAAAGAAGUACAUCUUUUAGAUCCCAAUAUAUAUGAAAUAUGUAGAUCUAGUCAAAAUUUAAUUACUGGACAAAGUAAAAAAAAAAAAAAAGAUAUUAAAUUGAUCUAAGCUACCAGUUAUCAGGAAAAAAAUCAAGUGUAUUAAAGGCUGAUUAUAAAGUAGUGUGCUGGGGCUAGGCUUGGGCGGUAUCAAUGUAUCACAGUAUAUCAGAGUAUUUAAAAAUCCUGACGGUAUUAUUUUCAGUACUGUCAAAAAUACAGAUGCUCCAUUUUAACACUCAGAUGGAGAUGCUGUAUCGAGGAUGUAUUGGAUGUAGUGCACAGCACGCACCACCAUUCUACUGGUGGAGCAGGCAGCUGAGCUGGGAAACAUGGCGAGAGAUGGGGAUAACGUUACAGGUAGGGUCGGGCUGGGAACAAAUUCGGCCGUGGUUUUCCUCUGGACCGGCCCUAUUGCUACCUGCUAAAACAGAAUGGAAUUGAAUUGAAUUAAAUAGAUUUACAAAGAGUUUACAAAGUGCUUUGACAGACAAAGCAAAAGAAGGAUACUUGGAAGACAAUAUAACGAGUAAAAACCAAAUAGUGAGAUCAAAAAAAGCAGGUGAUAUUGAUUAUAAAUACAAAACAAAAAGAGUGAAAUGAUGUUAAAAGGAAUACAAAGACGACAUCACAUAAAAGUGGGUUUUGAGAAGUGAUUUUAAACAAAGUCACUGAUUCUGCGAUCCUUAUCUCCUCACGCAGGUUGUUCCAAAGCCAAGAGGACCUGAUGGCAAAAGCAGAGUCACCUUUAGAUAUAAGCCUUGACUUAGAAACGGCCAGGAAGGCCCUACCUAAAGAUCUGAGGCUGCAAACUGGCUCAUACUGGGUCAACAUUUCUGCUGUAUAGCUUGGGGCCAGACCUAGAUGUGCUUUAAAAGUGAUCAAUAAAAUUUUAAAAUCAAUACUAAAGCAAACAGGAAGGCAAUGAAGUGAGGCAAGGAUUUGGGUGAUGUGAUGUUAUUUGUUAAAACCAGCAAGUAACUAUGAUGAUAAACUUUUUUUGGGACUUACCAAUACUUCCAAUAGUUUGUUGUUCAAAAAAAUUAAAAUAUUAAAACAAUAACAAUUAGAAUACACUGUAUAGCGAAAGGGUAACGGGGUGGAUUUUUCCUCAACAUUAAAAUAGUUUUUUAGUAGGCGAUGUUUUAAAGGAGUAAGGCUUCUCCCUAAACACCCUGUGGUGACCAGGACAUUGACACCAUAUUCUCUCCCUCCUGCUCUCUCCUCUGUCACC